AUGUCCUCAGGUCAACACCCAGCGAGCGUUCCAGACUGGAACAACCUCGAUGUCCUCCACAAGAACACGCUGCCUGCGCGCGCAUACUUUCACAACUACGCAUCGGGGGCUGAUGCGCUUAGUUCCGAUGUGAACAAGUCUACAACCCACAGCCUCUCCGGCACGUGGAAGUUCCAGCAUUCAUACUCGCCUUUUGAGGCUCCGGAAGGAUUUGAAUCGACCACAUUCGACACAUCAUCAUGGAGCGACAUUGCCGUGCCAGGCAUGUGGCAGCUGCAGGGCUUCGGCAAAGGCCCGCAAUAUACCAACGUAAUCUAUCACAUUCCGGUUGAUCCUCCCAACGUGCCUUUUACCGAGAACGAGACUGGAUCCUACGUUCGUAAGUUCAAGGUCCCGAAAGAUCUCCAGGACGGUCAGCUUCGACUCCGCUUUGAAGGUGUCGACGCCGCUUUCCACGUCUGGGUGAAUGGUAAAGAGGUUGGCUAUUCUCAGGGUAGCAGAAACCCUGAUGAGUUUGAUAUUACCUCGUUCGUCGAUCUCAAUGCUGAGAACACCCUGGCUGUUAGGGUGUACCAGCAUUGUGACGGAACGUACAUCGAAGACCAAGACCAGUGGUGGCUGAGUGGCAUAUUCCGUGACGUCUUCCUGGUUGGCUUCCCCAAGGCUUCCCGAAUCGAGAACGUCUUUGCCCAGACGCUUCUGGAUUCAUCCUACACUGAUGCCGAACUCAAAGUCAAGAUCAGUGCGACUGGAUCUGGCAAGGUUGCAGUAAAGCUGCUGGACGCAAAGAAGCAAGAAGUCGCCUCAUCCGAGGCGGAUAUCAAGGGUGAUGGUGUGACUGAACUCAGUAUCCAGGUGAAGGACCCGCUCAAGUGGACUGCUGAGUCGCCAAACCUCUACCAUCUUGUCGUCUCUUCCGGCGAUCAAGUUAUUGCCCAACGCAUUGGCUUUAGACAAGUCGAGAUGAAAGAUGGCUUGAUCAAAGUCAAUGGUAAGAGAGUCGUUUUCCGCGGCGUCAACCGCCAUGAACAUCAUCCCACUCUUGGUCGUGCUGUGCCUUAUGAGUUUAUGAAAGAGGAUCUCCUUCUCAUGAAGCGUCACAACAUCAACGCCAUCCGCACAUCUCAUCAGCUCAACGACCCACGACUGUACGACCUCGCAGACGAGAUGGGUUUUUGGGUCAUCGAUGAAGCAGACGUGGAAUGCCACGGCUUUGAGAGUAUCGCCGAUGCCGCGCUUUCGAAGGAGGAGCGCAACUUGCCGUUCCGUGAGCGUCAGCUUAUAACUAGGGACAAGGCCGCGGAAUGGACGACCGACAACUCAGAUUGGACGAAGGCGUAUGUGGACCGUGCAGAAGCACUCGUCAAGAGAGACCAGAUGCAUCCAUCGAUCAUCAUCUGGUCUCUUGGCAACGAGGGUUUCAUGGGUCGAAACUUCGUGGCCAUGUACGAGCACAUCAAGAAGUACGACGACAGCCGGCCUAUUCACUACGAAGCGGACAUUUACGCAGACACCAUGGAUAUGUACUCCAGGAUGUAUCCUCCGCUUGACGAGAUCAUCAAAUUUGGUCAAGACAAGGAAAAGAAGAAGCCACUGGUGCUUUGUGAAUACAUCCACGCCAUGGGCAACGGCCCCGGUAAUAUCAAAGAGUACAUCGAUGCCUUCUACAAGUACCCAACUUUACAGGGAGGUUUCGCUUGGGAAUGGGCGAACCACGGUCUUCUCACCAAGGACAAGCAGACCGGCGAAGAAUUCUACGCCUAUGGUGGUGAUUUCGGCGAAGAGGUUCACGACUCCACCUUCGUCAUGGACGGUCUUGUCAACUCUGAUCAUUCGCCCAACGCUGGCUUAAUCGAGUACAAGAAGGCUAUCGAGCCUGUACAGCUUCUAGAAGUGAAUGGUUCAAAGGCGACGUUCAUCAACCGGUACGAUUUCAUCACGCUCGAUCACUUGGUCUGCAAAUACACAUCAGUCUCCUCUUCAUCCUCUGAUGGGGUUACUGGAGAUCUGCAAAUUCCUUCUGGUAUCUUGCCUGGCCAAACCUUCGAGGUGCAACUUCCAACGAUCGAAGCUCGCGAGGAGGAGGUCUUGGUUAGUAUCUCGUUCCAGUUGAAGGAGGCUACACCAUACCUAAAGGCAGGAUUCGAGAUCGCAACAGCACAGGUACCUGUGACUCCGAUGUCGUCCUUGAAGAAGCCUCAAUCAUCAGGCAAGCAAGUCACUGUUGAGACACCAUCCCGCAACACCCUCAAGAUUACGACGGAUCAAGCCACCUGGGAGUUCAACACGCUCCACGGCAGUCUCACCUCCUGGAAGCAAGGCUCGACUGAGCUCAUCUCCAAAGCACCUGAAAUGGACAUCUUCCGUGCACCUACCGACAACGACAUCCCGCAAGACGGCUGGGACUGGAAGGACAAGCAACUACACCACGCAAAGCCAUUGACCCGCAGAGUCGAGUGGUCUCAGUCGGGCUCUGAGACUUUCAAGAUCACUGUGCACCAACGCGUCGCGCCUCCAGUCCUCUCAUGGUCCAUCGACUGCGUUCUCACAUACACAUUCAGCGCCAACGGCACCCUAUCCGUCCACGUCACCGUCACACCCAAGGGCGAGAACCUACCCCGCACGCUCCCCCGCAUCGGCCUCGUCAUGGAGCUCCCCGCGCAAUUCCAACACGUCGAAUGGUUCGGCCGCGGCUUCGGCGAGACCUACCGCGACAGCAAGCUCUCCCAGCCCGUAGGCAAAUACACAGCCUCCAGCAUCGACGCCCUCUGGAUCGACUACGAAGUACCCCAAGAAUCGGCGAACCGCACAGAUACCCGUUAUGUUAGCGUUACGAAUGAUAGCGGCGCAGGAUUGCUCGCUCAGUUCGCGGAUAAGAAGGGUGGGCAGAGGAAGUUGUUUGACUUCCAGGUUAGCCAUUAUAGGAUGAAGGAUGUUGCGGCUGCGGACCAUCCGCAUGAGUUGAGGAGGAAGAAGAGGGAGGAGGUUGUGCUGAGGUUGGAUGCGGAACAUCAUGGGUUGGGGAGUGGGAGUUGUGGGCCAAGGACGCUGGAUGAGUAUAGUUUGCUGUGCGUGCCUUUUGAGUUUGAGGUUGUGCUGCAGGCACCGUGA